AUGUCAGGAGGAACAGUUAUGGAUCAUAUUACGUCUCUUCCUCAUCAGAACGAGCAAAAUGUUAUCCGUCAUCUGACUAAUUUUGUGAAAACACCUGCGUCAGGAGAUGCCGAUAUCAAGAAGAAGGAGGAGUCAAUCAUGGAGCUCGGAAAUAUGCUAGCGAAAAAUAAACAGACGGAAGAACUAAGAAAGAUGAUCGAGCAAACUCGUCCUUUCCUCGUCUCUCUAGGAAAAGCUAAAGCUGCGAAACUGGUGCGAAAUCUGGUUGACUUGUGUCUCAUGAUAGACGAUCAGGAUGGGGACAUUAAGAUUGAAUUGGUGCGAGAAUGUAUACAAUGGGCGAUGGAUCAGAACCGCACAUUUCUUCGUCAAACACUUGAGGCUCGGCUGAUACGAUUGUUCAAUGAUCUCCACAGAUACACACAAGCUCUGCCGCUGGCUGCAGACCUCAUACGUGAACUGAAGAAACUUGACGAUAAGGAUGUACUCGUUGAAGUGGAAUUGGAAGAAAGCAAAGCCUUUUAUCACCUUGGAAACAUUGGCAGAGCUCGAGCGUCACUUACCGGGGCUCGUACCACAGCAAAUGCCAUUUACGUGCAACCAAGGAUGCAGGCUGCUUUGGAUUUACAAUCCGGAAUUCUCCAUGCCGCUGACGAGAAAGACUUCAAAACAGCGUUUUCCUACUUCUACGAGGCUUUCGAAGGAUACGAUUCAGUCGAUGAGAAAAACUUGGCUCUUUUAUCUCUGAAGUACAUGCUCCUUUGUAAGGUAAUGCUUGACGUACCAGAUGAUGUCAAUACGUUACUGACGGGUAAGCUGGCCCUGAAGUACUCAGGGACGGAUUUGGAUGCAAUGCGAGCAAUUGCUGCUGCAGCAAAAAAGAGGAGUUUGGCAGAUUUUAAUACCGCGUUCGGCGCCUACCCACAGGAGUUGCAGAUGGAUCCUGUCGUACGGAAACACUUUAACUCACUCAGCGAACGAAUGCUGGAGAAGGAUCUCUGUCGCAUAAUUGAGCCCUAUUCCUAUGUUCAAAUCGAUCACAUUGCCAGCAGUAUUGGUAUCGAUCGUGAGAAGGUGGAAAAGAAACUGUCGCAGAUGAUUUUGGAUCGGAAGUUCAGUGGAUCCCUUCAUCAAGGUGAUGGCAUGCUGAUCGUAUACGAUGUUUCACCUCCUGAUGUCACAUACGAAACAGCCCUGAAAACAAUCCAUGCUAUGGGCGAAGUGGUAGAUGCGUUAUAUCAGCGAGCAAGUAAACUUCGGUAG